AUGAAAGCGAAACGAAAACAGGGAUACAAAAUCACCAAAGGACGUGGGGAACGCAGGACAAGGAACGGGCUGGACACGCAGGCCGAGGGGGCACGGCGGCGAGACGUGAUCACGCUAGUGGGAUCGGGGCUGACUCACUCACUCACCUACGCUUUGCGUUCGAGAGACAUGCUCCUCUUUCCCUGCACCUCCCUGCGAACUCCCGGCAUAGGGGCAUUGGAACGACGUGGUGCCUUCGAGGCACUUCCUCAACGACUGCGAAGAUUAGGUGCCUCAAUAGACGGCGACGGCGUUGGCGCUGGCGAAGUAUCGUGUCCAGAGUGCGCUGCGCAGAGUGGCAACGGGGGAGUGGAAUGGGGAAUAUGGAUGGGAGGGAGGAAAAACUACCAAACGCCCCUCCCCCAGCAGAUGCUCGUUUGCGCGCGCACCAGGAUCCUACGACUUGGGACGUGCGUAAAGUCCCCAGAUCGCAAGCGAAUAACUGGGUACCUCGCGUGUCGGGGAUAUGCCGCAGAUCCAUCGACACAUCGGCAACUGGAGGAUAACGAUGACGAAGACGAAAGCGCGCUGGCUGGUGCUGGCGCUGGACCUGAGCAUGUCCAUCAAGAGCAACCACGAGAGCAGAAGGGGAGCGGAGUGCGGGAAGGGGAGACGAAUGAAAAGCCGGAUCGGAAUGAGUAUAUUAACUCGACUGGAUCACUUCCCGCCUCUCCAACUCGUACUGUCGGCCUUGCACCAUCCACUCGUCUCCCAGUCCACAACGCAAGGAUCCCCUGCCUCUAA